UUUGAAGCAUUGGUGCCAUGCCGAUUGAAGAGGUCACUGGCGAUCUGUUAACCGCGCAGGAGCAAUAUAUCGUCCAGCAGUCCAACUGUGCCACCACCUACGCCGCCGGGCUUGCUGCCGCCAUCUCCUCGAGCUUCCCCCACGCCGACGUCUACGCCCCAGACCGAAGGCGUGAGCGAGGCAGCGAGAAGGGCGACGUGCCGGGUACCAUCGCAGUGUGUGGCGGCCCCUGCGCUUCGCAGGACCAGGAAAAGCGAGGCGUCAUCAGCGUCUUUGCGCAAUUCCGUCCUGGCAAGCCGAACCACAGGAAGGAAGGGCCCGUGGAGUACAAAGGCCUUGUGUCCAGCCCAGACGUGGUGGACGACGAGAGACAGCGCUUGGAGUGGUUCAAGGCCGGGCUGCAGCGCAUCGCGGAGUUGCCCGUGGAGAGCAUCGCUUUCCCCUACCAGAUCGGGUGCGGCUUGGCGGGCGGGCGGUGGCCCAGCUACCUUGAAGCCUUGGAGGAGUUUGCGGCCAAAGUAGAGCCGCAGGGAGUGAAGGUGAAGAUCUACAAGAUGGAGGAGGCAGCCAAGCCUUGCACAGAUUGCAAGCAGCUGGUUGCUCCUGGGACCGGCCGCACAUGGAGAUCAAAGCAGUAUUGCAAGGGAUGCUACGACAAAUAUUGAAUCAAGAGACGCUAACG